GUCAGAAUGUGGAUCAAUUUCUUAAUUCCAAAAAUUGAAGAUGGGAACAACUUUGGUGUUUCAAUUCAGGAGGAUGUCGUUGCAGAGGCGAGACAAGUUGAAAGUGAAGCCAGCAGCUACCUGGACCAGAUUUCUCGCUAUUAUCUCCAGCGUGCUCGAAUCAUCUCAAAGAUCGCUAAAUACCCCCACAUUGAGGAUUACAGGCAGUCCAUAAAAGAAUUUGAUGAGAGACAAAUCCUGAAUCUGCAGAACGCCAUCUUGGAGAUGAGAAACCAUUAU